AUGGUUGCGGCAUUGGAGGUCAAGCAGUUUAAACACAGUCAAUCUGUUACGUUGCCGGUGCAUCCCAAUUCGGACACGAAGGCGACUAUAUUGGCGAAUAGAGCACGGUCAGCAACUUCACAAUCGUGCUCGAUAAAGUCGCUCUUGAAGCUAGAACUUCAAAAAUUAGAAGAGGAGCGGGCUUUCGAACAACAGGAGGCGGAGAGGCGUAGAAUGCUGGAGCAGGAGGAAGCAAAAAGACGACGAGAUUUUGAGCUGCGUGAAGCGGAGAAGUAUCGUGAAUACAUCAAGAAGAAGUAUGCUCUACUUGAAGAAAUGUCGAACCGGUCUGAUUCAAGUCGCAGCGAGGCGGCGAGCAGAGUUGAUGAUUGGGUAAACAGCGUAAAUAUUCUGCAACAAAGAGGGAGGAAAGUUACUCAGACCGCUGGCGGCUUCAAUCCACAGCGACACUCUACUCAGCAUCAAUUCACGUUUCCGGACCAUGAUGAUAUUCCCCGAAGUAAUGCACCAGCCGUAGGUUCCAUUAUUGGAAGCGCAUGUAACGUUCGAAAUGAUUCAAUGGUGCCGGCCGACCGAACCCGUUCCCGUUCCGAUUCUACAAUACACGGUAGCGAACAUCCGCUCACGCGAUCCGUACAAAUGACGCAACAAGUUAGUCGGUUGCCAGUAGACGAAGAAGACGACACGGACUUUUGCCAGCUCAGCAAGAAACAGUUGGCCGCACGUCAAGCGAUUUCAAAGGACCUGCCUGUCUUUUCGGGUAAACCAGAAGAGUGGCCCAUUUUUAUUUCAGUCUACAAUAGUACUACGGCUAUGUGUGGAUUCUCAGACGAAGAGAACAUCAUCCGGCUUCAAAGGUGCCUGAAGGGGAAAGCUUACGAGGCGGUACAAAGUCGACUGUUGUAUCCAUCCAACGCUUCCGGUGUGAUUGCAACAUUGCGAAUGCUUUAUGGACAACCAGAGGCUAUCGUCAACUCGUUGAUAGGGAAAAUCAACGCACUUCCCCCACUGCGGGAAGAUAAGCUGGAAACAAUCGUAGACUUUGCUGUGAACGUGCAGAAUUUCUGUGCAACAGUUGACGCCUGCGGUAUUGCAGACUAUAUGUAUAACAUUUCUCUGCUACACCAACUUGUUAGCAAGCUUCCGCCGACCAUCAAGUUGGAUUGGGCGCGAUACCGGCUGACUCUGUCUACUGUCAAUCUAGCGACGUUUGGAGAUUGGGUGUACUCAUUGGCGGAGGCAGCCAGUGCAAUAACUAUCCCAUCGGUUAUGAUGGAGUCCAAGCCAGCACGUUUCGAGGCUAGAGCGACUAAAAGGGAAAGUGCCUACCUUAAUGCCCAUGCCGAAACGUCACGCCAAGCUUCUGCAUCCCUGCACACACUUCAGUCCAGUGCAAAUGUGAAACGAUCGUUCGAUAAUAGUUGCCCCAUCUGCAAAGGUAGCUGUAACGCAGUCGCCAAAUGUAAGCGCUUUCAGGAGCUGUCCCGGGAUUCACGAUGGGCCGCAGUGCGAGAAUUCGAUUUAUGUCGCAGAUGUCUCCGCAAACACGUUAGGGACGGCUGCACUGCUAAACUAUGCGGAAAAAACGGUUGUACGCGGAUGCAUCAUGAACUACUGCACAACGAUCAAAAGGACGAUUCGCCUGCCACGAUUACAUCGCCGGAGUUGCCUACGGAGAAGCAGAGUGGUGAACCAUCCCAUGGAUGUAACAUACAUCAUUCCAACUCUAGUGCCGUGUUGUUCCGAUACCUUCCGGUUGUGUUACACGGCAAACACCGGUCGAUUCGUACGUAUGCUUUCUUCGACGAGGGGUCAGAGUUAACACUACUCGACCAGGAACUUUCAGAAGAGUUGAUGCUGGAAGGAAAUGUGCAACCGUUGUGUCUGAGAUGGACCGGAGGCUCCCAACGAAAUGAGACGAACUCCCGAGUCGUCAGCCUGGAAGUAUCAGGAAUACAAAAUUCUGCCAAAAAAUUCAAGCUCAACAGCGUGCGCACUGUUGAAAGCCUACUUUUACCGCACCAAACGCUCGACACGGAGGAAUUGGCGCAACUCUACCCGCAUAUCCGCGGACUGCCCAUUGAAUCAUAUAGCGACGCAAGACCACGUAUACUGAUCGGAAUGAAGCACCUAGGAGUCAGUGUAGUGCUUAAGACCAAAGAGGGUGGAUACGAUGAACCAAUUGCAGUAAAAACACGGCUAGGAUGGACCGUUUGUGGCGGAUGGAAGCUGCAUGAAACCCUUGCUGCUGGACAAUGUGCGUUUCAUGUGUGUGUAGAUGCAGAACACUCCGACGAGAACUUGCAUCAAGCCGUGAAGGCUUAUUUCGCAAUGGAUAGCCUAGGCAUCACAAAAUCCGACAAGGUUAUUCUAUCUUCCGAAGAUCAACGUGCUGAGAAUAUCUUGAAGUCUCGUACCCAACUUGUUGGCAAUCGCUAUGAAACUGGUCUACUUUGGCGCUACGAAGAUAUCCGUCUACCUGAUAGCCGUGAAAUGGCUCUUCGUCGACACCAAAGCCUUAUUACACGAAUGGACAAAGACCCGUUCUUAGCGGAGGCACUCCAACAGAUGAUUUCCGACUACGUUGCGAAAGGGUAUGCAAGGAAACUUAGCGACGACGAACUCAAACAAACGUUUCCGCGCGUCUGGUAUCUUCCAGUGUUCCCGGUAACAAACCCGAAUAAGCCCGGAAAAGUGCGAUUGGUUUGGGACGCAGCGGCCAAAAGUUUCGGGAUCUCAUUGAACUCCGUUCUGCUAAAAGGACCAGAUUACCUUUGCUCGUUAUUUGCUAUCCUGCUUCAAUUUCGAGAAGGACGAAUAGGUCUAGCUGGGGACGUGCGCGAGAUGUUCCACCAGAUACGUAUCCGUGACGAAGACCAACAGUGCCAACGCUUUUUCUGGACCGACAAGGACGGCAAUUUGGCGACCUACGUCAUGAGCGUGAUGACGUUCGGUGCCUGCUGUUCGCCUAGCAGCGCGCAGUAUGCGAUGACUUUAAACGCUGAACGAUUUUCUCACGAGUUUCCUACAGCGGCGAAGGUUAUAAUAAAGCGACACUACGUUGAUGACAUGCUGGUUAGCACUAAUUCGGAACAAGAUGCCAUUCGUAUCGCAGAGGACGUGCACUAUGUACACUCUCGAGGUGGUUUUGAAAUCCGCAACUGGAUCAGUAAUUCCAAACGGGUCUUGGGGUGUUUAAAACAAGAUAAGACCCACGAGAAAAAUCUGGAUCUCUCGCCCGAAUUGUCCACCGAGAAAGUGCUUGGGAUGUGGUGGUGUACGGAAAAGGAUGUUUUCACUUACAAGGUUGGAUGGAACCGUUAUGACAGCGCCUUAUUGUCAGGUCAACGAUGCCCCACGAAACGUGAGGUCCUCCGUGUGCUUAUGACGAUCUUCGAUCCCCUUGGUUUGAUCGCUCACUACCUUAUGUAUCUUAAAGUUCUGCUGCAGGAUAUCUGGCGUUCCGGUACCCAAUGGGACGAAGAAAUCAAUGACGAUUCGUACAACAAAUGGAAAAUUUGUUGA